UGUAUUAAUGUAAUCACUCGUGUGUGUUGUGUACGGUGAAUGUUGUGGGAUCAGCUGAGUUAUCGCUCCUCCCAUCCGCUUCAGUGUUACAGUGAAUCUCACCGGAGUUCAAGAACACGGAACACAGAUCAGCAGACAUGGCCAUGCUCAAAACAACCCAGCAAACAGAUGCAAACGAUGCCGGAGAUGGUCAGUUUGUGUGUCCCGUGUGUCUGGAGAUAUUUCUCUGUCCGAUGACCACACAAUGCGGACAUACAUUCUGCCAAAGUUGCCUUCAGGAAUGCUUGCGGCCUCAGAAACCAGUGUGUGCAGUCUGCAGGUCUGAUCUGCAUCAGUGGACUAAAGCAGGUCAUUUGGAGGACUUGAUUGACAAAUCAUUUGGGCCAUGCAAAGGCUGUGGAAAUGAGGUUCCUUUGUCCCAGAUGAGACAUCACACAGGGACCUGCUCCAAAUAUCAAGACUAUAUCAAGGAGGGUAUGAAGUCCAUUUCCCAGAAGCAGCCUUCCAUUGUCAGUUCAGUGCCGAACCGCUUCACAUUCACCUGUCCCUACUGUAACCAGAGGAACUUUGACCAGGACGGUCUAGUGGAACACUGCACCUCAAAACACAGCCACGACCCUCAUCCAGUGGUGUGUCCAAUCUGUGCAUCCAUGCCCUGGGGUGACCCGAAUUACAGGAGUGCCGACUUCUUUCAGCACCUCAAAAUAAGACAUGCUUUUUCUUAUGAUACUUUUGUGGAUUAUGCCACCGAUGAGCAAGCCAUGAUCCAGGAAGCAUUGCAGCGCUCUCUCAUGGAUAACUGAUGUGAGGAACACAUGAACCUCAGGCUAAACUAAAAGCAGUAGUUCACCCAAAAAAUGAAAAUUCUCUCAUCAUUUACUCACCCACAUGCCAUCCCAGAUUUGUAUGACUUCCUU